AACACACUGAAGUGACACUAGAUGCAGAAGAGUUUUGUGUGUUUGUACUGAAGCUUUAAUGUACACAGGUUGUUUUAUAACUUGAUAGCUUGACUAUUUCCUGUAAGUGAACUCUGUGCUGAUUCAGGGUUUAAUUUAACACACCGAUGUUGGAGUGAAGUAAACGUGUGUCCUGCUGUAAUCUGGAGAAGGAGACAUGACUUCCAACAUGAGUGUGUCUGGAAAACAGGACUUAAAGAAAGAUGCGAGAAUGAUGGAGGGAAAGAGAUCAGACUCACCAGAACCCAGCAGUGUGUCCAUGAAGAGUGAUCAGUCAAUGGGACGUUCAGAUAACUUCAGAAGCAGAGACAGUUCUACUGAUGUGAGACCACAAAAAUCAAACAUCAGCACAAAUCAGCUGGACUCUAUAUUCAAGGAGCUGGAACACAAAGUCAUCACUCUGAUAAAGAAUGAGCUGAAGAGGUUUAGGAAGCUCCUGAGUCCAGAUUACCCAGUAUGCACUGAGAGGGAGGUGGAGGAUGAGGAGGAUCUGCACAAUGUCAGAGAGGGAGCGCUGAAGAUCACACUGCACGUCCUGAAGAACAUGAACCACACAGAUCUCGCUAACACACUGCACAACAAACUCGUCUCUGUGUAUCAGCCAAAGUUGAAGUCCAAGCUGAGAGAGAAGUUUAAAAGAAUUAAUGAAGGAAUCUCACAGCAUGGAAGCUCAGCACUUCUGAAUGAGAUCUACACUGAGCUCUACAUCACAGAGGGUUGGAGUGGAGACGUCAAUAAUGAACAUGAGGUGAGACAGAUUGAGGCAGCGUCCAGGAGACCAGCAACACAGGAGAAACCCAUCAAAUGUAAUGAGAUCUUUAAAGACAAGUCCAUCAGAACUGUGCUGACUAAAGGAGUUGCUGGAAUUGGAAAAACAGUCUCUGUGCAGAAGUUCAUUCUGGACUGGGCUGAAGGAGAAGUAAAUCAGGACGUCACCUUCAUGUUUCCACUUCCCUUUAGAGAGCUGAAUCUGAUGAAGCAGCAAAAUCUCAGUCUGAUGAAACUUCUUCAUCACUUUUUCCCAGAAAUAAGAAAACUAGAAUCAAUAGACUGUGACUCCUACAAAGUGGUGUUGAUCUUUGAUGGUCUGGAUGAGUGUCGACUUCCUCUAAAUUUCCAGAAGAAUGAGAUAUUGUGUGAUGUGACAGAGUCAGCCUCAGUGGAUGUGCUGCUGACGAACCUCAUCAAGGGGAAUCUGCUUCCCUCUGCUCUCCUCUGGAUAACCACAAGACCAGGAGCAGCCAAUCAGAUCCCUCCUGAGUGUGUAGACCAGGUAACAGAGGUACGAGGCUUCAGUGAUCCUCAGAAAGAGGAGUACUUCAGGAAGAGGAUCAGUGAUCAGAGCCUGGCCAAUAAAAUCAUCACACACCUGAAGUCUUCAAGAAGCCUCUACAUCAUGUGCCACAUCCCAGUCUUCUGCUGGAUCUCAUCCACUGUUCUAGAGAGAAUGUUGGGUGAAACAGAGGGUGGAGACAUCCCCAAGACUCUGACUCAAAUGUUCACACGCUUCCUGCUCUUUCAGAUCAAACACAAGGACCAAAAGUACCAUCAGAAACAUGACCCUGAUCCUCAGCAGACCAGAGAGAGUAUCAUGGCACUGGGAAAACUGGCUUUCCACCAAAUGGAGAAAGGAAACCUGAUCUUCUAUGAGGAAGACCUGAGAGAGUGUGGCAUUGAUGUCAGAGAAGUGUCAGUGUACUCAGGAGUGUGUACCCAGAUCUUCAGAGAGGAGUCUGGGCUUCACCUGGGGAAGGUGUUCAGCUUCAUACAUCUGAGUGUUCAGGAGUUUCUGGCUGCUUUAUACACAUUUCUCUCCUUCAUCAGCAGAAAUGUAACAGAACAUCAAACCUCUGAUCUGUCUGAUCUCCACAGGAAGUCAAACAUGUCUGAUCUCCUCAGGAGUUCAGUGGACAAGGCCUUACAGAGUGAGAAUGGACACCUGGACCUGUUCCUCCGCUUCCUUCUGGGUCUCUCACUGGAGACCAAUCAAACUCUUUUACGAGGCUUAAUGCCACAGACAGGAAGCAGAUCUCACAGCAAACAGGAAACAGUGGAGUACAUCAAGGAGAAGAUCAGGGAGAAUCCAUCUCCAGAGAAAUCCAUCAAUCUGUUCCACUGUCUGAAUGAACUGAAUGAUCAUUCUCUAGUGCAGGAAGUACAAACUUACCUGAACAGAGGAGGUUACAGUCAUCUCAGAGGAUCCAGACUCUCUCCUGCUCAGUGUUCAGCUCUGGUGUUUGUGUUACUGACCUCAGAACAGAAGCUGGAUGUGUUUGAUUUAAGGGAAUAUGAUCCAUCACAUGAAUGUCUUCUGAGGCUGCUGCCAGUGGUCAAAGCCUCCAGAAAAGCUGAUCUGUGUCGGUGUGAUCUGACAGAGGAAAGCUGUAGAGUUCUGUCCUCAGUUCUCAGCUCAAACUCCUCCAGUCUGAGAGAACUGUACCUUAGUGACAAUAAACUGCAGGAUUCAGGAGUGAAGCUGCUCUCUGAUGGACUGAAGGAUCCACACUGUACACUGGAGAAACUGAGUCUCUGUGUGUGUAAUCUGACAGAGGAAAGCUGUAGAGUUCUGUCCUCAGUUCUCAGCUCAAACUCCUCCAGUCUGAGAGAACUGGACCUGAGAGACAAUAAACUGCAGGAUUCAGGAGUGAAGCUGCUCUCUGAUGGACUGAAGAAUCCACACUGUACACUGGAGAUACUGAGUCUGCGUGGGUGUAAUCUGACAGAGGAAAGCUGUAGAGUUCUGUCCUCAGUUCUCAGCUCAAACUCCUCCAGUCUGAGAGAACUGGACCUGAGUUACAAUAAACUGCAGGAUUCAGGAGUGAAGCUGCUCUCUGAUGGACUGAAGAAUCCACACUGUACACUGGAGAUACUGAGUUUGUGGGAGUGUAAUCUGACAGAGGAAAGCUGUAGAGUUCUGUCCUCAGUUCUCAGCUCAAACUCCUCCAGUCUGAGAGAACUGGACCUGAGUAACAAUAAACUGCAGGAUUCAGGAGUGAAGCUGCUCUCUGAUGGACUGAAGAAUCCACACUGUACACUGGAGAUACUGAGGCUGUUUCAGUGUAAUCUGACAGAGGAAAGCUGUAGAGUUCUGUCCUCAGUUCUCAGCUCAAACUCCUCCAGUCUGAGAGAACUGGACCUGAGUGGCAAUAAACUGCAGGAUUCAGGAGUGAAGCUGCUCUCUGAUGGACUGAAGAAUCCACACUGUACACUGGAGAUACUGAGGAUGAGGGUCUGCAGUAUUACAGAUGAAGGUUGUGCUGCUCUGGCUUCAGCUCUGAGGUCAAACUCCUCAUCACACCUGAGAGAACUGAAUCUGUACAAUAAUAAACCAGGAGAAUCAGGAGUGAAGCUGCUCUCUGAUCUACUGAAGGAUCCACACUGUAAACUGGAGACACUACACAUUAAGGGUAAGACACUCACCAGGUCUGGUGUAUGACAGGAGUCUCUCCUCAGACCUUUUUUCCAGGAUAAAGCAGUUAUGGAGGUGAAGCGUUAGAACACGUCCCACAUUUCCAGCAGUUUGGGAGCUGAAUCAUUCAUAUUCAGAUGUAGAAGAUCCAUAACAAUAACUGUGACUGAUCACAUCCUUUUAUCCUCUCAGCUACAACUUCACACUUUAACAUCUUUUACAAUCCAAAGUCAAAUCCUUCAGCAUCUACACACAACACAGAGAUAUCAUCACAUCAUCACACUGAUUACACAAAUACACAUCCAUGUGUUACAGAUGUUUAGAGAUUAUUUUUACCUCUUUAAUUAUGUCGCUUUGUAGAAGCCAACAUUCUGUUUUCCUAUUUAAGUUUAGACAAAAAUUUAUAAAAUUUAAUGCGGCCUAGGGCUUUCGAGCCACAUGCACCAAAUUCGGAUAUGUUUUAGUCCCUGGUCUGAAGUUUGUUGCUAUUACUUUUCUAAGCGAUCCGAGUACCGGUACUUCCGGUACCGGGUCUCAAAUUGGCCUUUUUUCCAUAGACUCCCAUUAUAAAAUUUGGAGGUUUAUAACUCGGCACACUUUUGAACUAUCUACACCAAACUCGACCAGCUCCUUUAGGGUGAUACUCUGAACAAAGUUUUAAAUUGGUGUACCGACUGGCCUUUCGGUUGUGCCGCAGCCCCGCCCCCAAAAUAUGCAAAAUCAAAAAACUUUUUAGAACAUGGACAUGUGACAUAUCAAAACACUCAGAACAAUGAGGGGAAUUCUGAUGAUGUCAAAUGACGUCACGUGAUGCACGUGAAAAUAAAAAACUUUGCACAACAUGGGCAUGUGAUAUAUCAAAACACUCAGCCCAAUGAGGGGAACUUCCUCAAGAGUAUUCGGAUGACGUCACAUGCUCGUCUCCACUUGUCUCCAAAUGUUUUGGCACCCUAUCUUUCUGUCCACUUGCCUCCAAAAGUAACACUGUCCACUCCAAAAAGCACCGGCCUUUGGGAAUACUUGCCUCAUCAAAGCCAACAUCAAAGUUUGUCACGACGAACUUUACAAAUCUAGUUAAGUAAUGUUCCUUUAAGAAAAUGUGAGGUGAGUUCAUUGCUGACCAAUCAGGAGAGCAAACACGAAGCAAGCGGAUGACGUCAGCGUCUAGCGUGAAAACAGAGAGAAGAGAGAUGAUGCAACAUGGAAAAUACUGAAAAGUUUUGUGUCAACAAUAAAAUUAAGGCGGUGUCUUACAAAAUUCUACAUAGGAUUUAUCCUGUUAAACAUGUUUUGGAAAGAUUUAAGCUUAAUAUUUCUUAUACUUGUGAAUUUUGUGGUCAGGAAAAAGAAACAAUUUUGCAUCUGUUUUAUCAUUGUAUCUACUCAAGACUUUUUUGGAAAGAUAUGGAAAAUUAAAUUAGUAGAAAAUUGGGUUGUGUGGUAGAAAUUGGUGUAUGUGAUGUGUUUUUUUAUUUUGAGGGAGAUAAUUUGGAAAAUAAUGAACAAUAUAUUAUACAGCUAUUUAUUGUAUUAGGAAAGAACCAUAUACACAAAACAAAGUGGGCCCUUUGUAAACCAAAUCUGUCCCAUUUUAUAAAUGAUUUGAAGUUAUACAGUAAUCUUUUGGAGAAAGUAAAGAACAAAAAAGCUCAGAAAACGUGAUAUUUUAAAAGAAUUCAUUUUUUUCCUUUUUUUCCUUUCUUUUCUGGUAACCUAUGUGACUGAUACCUCUUGUUUGUGUGGCAUUGAUUAAAAUGUGUAUUUUGUGUUUGUCAUUUUGCAAUAAAAAAAAAGAGAUGAUGCAAGUAGAAAGCUUCUGAAAAAAUAUAUCACUGAUUGUGAGCAAAAUGCAGACAAAACGUUUUGAAAGACUUUGGUUAACCUUUGAACGGGACUUUAUUUUAUUUUUGAGUCAUUUUGAGUCAUUUUAGAGUGUGUUUUCCCAUGUGAACACGGCGAUGACACAUACAGAGUUCAUCACCUUGUGGAAAAUGGCGGCGCCUCUCAGCGAACUUUUAUUUCAAAACGACCAUCGAACGUUUUCAGUGGAUUUACUGCUAGUUUUCCCCGGAAGGAGGAAAAAGAAAUUGUGAGUGAGCGGAAGUUGAAACUGUUUUUUUCUCUUUUUCCCCACAUUAUUCUGUCAAUACGGCAGAAGAAGGCCUGGACUGUUGCAUCUAAAUUUCAUUCGUUCUGGACGAUUGUUUUUUCCCCCCUUUUUAAUUCAGACUGGUAUUUGAAGAAACUACUGAACCUAUUGGUGUUUGAACUACACAUUGACAGUUGAAUUGUUUUUUUUUUCCUUUUGUCAUUUAUUCAGUCUUGAUUUAAAGAUGAUGUCUUUUGGGUGAUACAUUUGAAAUGUUUUUGCAAUAUUUUUAUUUAUUGUUGAAUUGAAUUACACAUUCAAAGUUAAA